AUGGGAAGUAAUCAAAUCACAAAGGCCACUAGUAAAACAUUACAAUUAACUAUUAAAGAUUAUGCUAAUCGUUUAAGAAUUGCUGUAGAUGAUGAUUGGAAAAUUCAAUUAUUUCGUGAAUAUUAUCCAUGUCGAUUUCAAGAAUUCUGUAUGAUACAUUUAUCAUUUCUAAUAGAUGUUCCAUGGAAUUUUAUUGAUCAAAAAAUUAGUUCAUCUACUCAUCACAAUCACAAUCACAAUGACGAUCACAAUGAUGUUGAUCAUCAUCAUCAUCAUCAUAGACAUGCAUUGUCUAAUCCUACAAUACCUGUACAUAAUCAUAUGGUGAAAGAUGUGAAAUCAAUGAGUUUACGACAUUGUACACAUACUAAUGGAGUUACCAAAUCAAAACUUAAACGAUUAUGGAAUAAUUGGCGUUCAAAUUCUCAUUCAGUAAAAUCAGAUUGUAUUCCGGAGAGAUUGGCGAAGAAUAUUAUCAGUUUGAUUGAUUGUUUGGAUAAUGAUGAAGCUUGUUGUAUUGAAGGAUUAUUUCGUAAAGCAGGACAUAUGUUACGUAAACGUCAAAUACAAGAUGCUGUAUUCCAAUUGUCAUUUGAUCCAAAAUUAUUUCAAUUGAAUAAAUAUAAUUUUCAUGAUUUUGCUAGUGCAUUAAAAUCAGUCUUGAUGCGUUUACCAACACCAUUGUUUACUGAACAAUUAUUACCAUUAUUUUUACAAGUUGCUGCUUUAAGAAAAUUUAAACAAUUCUCAAUCAAUGAACAACACACAUCAAUGUCAACAUUAAAAAAAUCAUCAUCAAAUCCUCUGUUAUUGACACAGCAAUCAAAUUUAUCAAUUAUUAAUGAAGAUUAUUUAUUACAUUUAAUUGAAAGUAAACAAAUUAAAGCAUUACGUUUAUUAAUUCAAUUAUUACCCAAUACAAAUGCGAAUCUAUUGAAACGUUUAAUUAUUCUAUUAACACGUGUAAAAAAUUUCAGUCAUAUUAAUCGUAUGACAAGUACAUGUUUAGGUACAAUAUUUGGACCAGUUCUAUUACCACAAGGUAUUUUAUAUGAUACAAUAAAAACUAUUAAAAAUUAUAAACAACCCCCAAUUGAAUGUCAAGAGAAAUGUUUUCAAUUAAAUUCAAUUACACGUUUAUUAAUUGAUAUUGGUUUAGAUAUAUUUCUAUUGCCUUAUUCAUUAGUUCAUGAUAUUUGUAAUAAUAGUCCAUAUAUGAGAAUAUUUAAAACAUAUACAAUGAAUAUUGAACAACCACCGUUAGAACAAUUGAAAACAAAUCAUUUAACAUUCUCAUCCCCACAAACACCUAAUCAAUUAGAUUGUUUAAAACAAGGUCAACUAAAACGACAUAAUGAUCACAAUGAUGUUGCUGAUGAUAAGGAUGAUAAAGAUGAUGAUUCAUCAUCACCAUUACGUACAACUAUACGAUUUGCUACACCGACACCAACAAGUAUAGCUAAUUGUCAAGUAUUGAAUUCAUCACCGAUACAUUUGAAUGAUAUAAUAGAAAUGCCACGAACAUUGAAAACUAAACAACAGCACCAUAAUACACAACAAACACCAAUAAUAAAAUGGAGUCAAUCAACUAAUGAAUUAUCAUCAUCAUCCUCCUCUUCUUGUUCUCUUGAUCAAACUGAACAUUUAAAUCUUAUUAUGAAUAAAGAAAAAGUAAAUUAUAUGUCUAAACAAUUAUUAUUGAAAUCAACAAAUAUUAAUUUAAAUAAAAAAAUUUGUCGAUUAGAUAAUCAAAUUUUAUUAUCAACUAGUAUGAAUAAUUUUUCACCUUCAAACUAUUCACAUCAUUCAAAUGAACUCAUUGAAGAUAUUCAUAUUGAUGAUAAGGUGAAGCGAAAAUUUGGCAAAACUCGACGAUUCACUGAGUUACGUUUACCGUCAUCUAUAAAUCGUACAGUUGGUAGAAAAAUUGGUCAUCGUCGGUAUUUAUUCUCACCAUGUCCUCCAAUUCCAUUAUUACCAUUUAAACGUGUCGGUGGUGGUGAAAAACGUCCCUUUAAAAUGUCGCCACAUUCUACGUUGAAUGGACCCGUGACAACUACAGCAUUACCUUCAUGGUAAUGCUGUAUGUAUGUAUGUAUGAUAAACAUGAUUUCACUAGAAAUAAUUGACUUGUAAAUAUCAAUCAUUUCAAAUAGAUCAAUAUAUUUUAAUUUUAUUAACUCUAUUAUAUCAUAUUUAUUCAUUCCAUUUCAAUUAGUUUCAUUUUCUAAUUAAUUUUAUUAAA